AACACAGUCGCCUUCACUUCAUUGAGUGCGUUCUGUAAGCCUCGCUUUUGACAAAGGAUAUAGCCUACUAUAUUUAAACUGCUACACACUUCGACUAACUGGACCCAAGAGUACCAGGAUGACUACCCAGAAGAGUGCCCCAGUGGACCGAGGCUGUGCUGUGGCCGUCAUCAUCUUCAUCCUGGGACUGGGCACACUGCUGCCAUGGAACUUCUUCAUCACUGCCAUGGAGUAUUUUGACGACCGCCUCAAAGGGACUGCGUCAAGUAUCGGAGCGACCUUGGUUACUAACGAGACCACCCCGGUUACUAACGGAACCACCACAGUUACUAACGUAACCACCCAGGUUACUAAUGGAACCACCCCGGUUACUAAAGACUACAAGUUUGCCAGCUGGAUGACUCUUCUAGCCCAGUUACCCCUGCUCCUCUUCACCCUGGCCAACUCCUUCCUGUAUCAGCGUAUCAAAGAGAAGGUCCGGAUUGCUGUCAGUAUGGUCUCCAUCCUCUUCCUCUUCCUCCUCACUGCCAUCAUGGUCAAAGUGCCCAUGCAGCCCCACAGCUUCUUCUCUAUCACCAUGGCAACUAUAUGGUUCAUCAACUCUUUUGGAGCAGUGCUCCAGGGCAGUCUGUUUGGGCUGGUGGGUCUGCUCCCCCCGAGGUACAGCACAUUGUUUAUGAGUGGUCAGGGAUUGGCAGGGAUCUUUGCUGCCAUGGCUAGUCUGUUCUCUAUCCUCAGUAAAGCAGACAAGGCCAGUGCUGCUCUUGGGUACUUCAUAACCCCCUGUGUGGCAACACUGAUCACCCUGCUUAGCUACUUACUACUGCCACACCUGGAGUUUGCCCAGUUUUACUUUGAGAAAAGUAAGUGUCACCAUGACCAACCUGAGACCACAGACGAGCUUCUCAAGGGAGCCGACAAAGAAAAAUUAGCGUUGGUCAAUGGCGACCGAAAUGGCUUCAACAAUAAACCCAUAAUAACCAAUGGUGAUUUUGAGGCCAGUGGGACCAAAGAAGCCCUGUUCAUGAUGCAGCAGACUGACAGUCACAGCAGGUCAUCUGUCCUGGCAGUCUUCAAAAAGAUUUGGGUGAUGGCCCUCUGUGUGACGUGUGUGCUGGCUGUCACACUGUCAGUUUUCCCUGCUGUCACAGUAAAAGUGAAGAGUGUGUAUGGAAACAAGGAAUGGGACCGAUACUUUCUCUGUGUCUGCUGUUUCAUCGUCUUUAACGUCAUGGACCUGAUUGGCCGCAGUGUCACCUCUAUGGUUCAGUGGCCCUCAAAGAGAAGCAGUCUGUUCCCUGUGCUCGUGGUCUCCCGUGUGGUCUUCAUCCCUCUCAUCAUGCUGUGCAACACUGACAAGCGCCAGUACCUGCCAGUCCUGUUCUCUCAUGACAUUGCCUUCCUUGUUAUCAUGACAUUAUUCGCCUUGUCCAAUGGAUAUUUCAUCUGUCUCUGCAUGUCUUAUGCACCUCAGUUGGUGAGGGCUAAAGACUGUGAGACAGCGGGGGCCUUGAUGACCUUCUUCUUGGCUCUGGGUCUGUCUCUAGGGGCAGCGCUCUCUUUCCUCCUGAGGAACCUGCUCUAGAGGCAACUGGCCCCUCACAAAAAUGUUUUAUGAAUAUUUAUGAUUUACUCACUGAAGGGAAAUAGAUGAGACACAUCUUCCAUAAUGCCAACGCAAAAUUAUAUGGAUAUUUAAAAUGAAGUAAGGUUAUUGUACACUGAUCUACACUGAACAAAAAUAUCAACGCAACAUGCAACAAUUUCAAAGA